GGCUCUGCUCGGUCGGCGCCACGCGCGGACUGGAGCUCGAAGUAGCCGGAGCUGGAGUCACGUAACGGCUGUGUUUUCGACCGUUUUCAACAUCUGAGGAAGCAUGGAGAUGUAUAGGCCCGAGCGAAGUAAAAAUAAUUCGACGUAUUUGCUUCCGUUCUUCGGUGUCUAAGUCGUCAAUUCAAGGAGAAGCAGCAAUUUUGUUUAAUCGUGUACAAAUGUCAUUUCGGUUCCUGAAAUAGCGGCUAGUCCGUGUUUUCCCGCGGCCCCCUGAGCUCGCAGGGAGCAGUGGGGAAAACAAACAGGUCGAACGGAGGAAGAUUGGUAGCCGGUUGGAUGUGGAGGUUGUUUAGCGGCGAAUGAAUCGUUUAGUGUUGUCGGCUUUUGUCGGGUGCUAAGUCAAAGUUUUCCUUCAGUUUUCGGUGCUUUUCAGUGCGGUGCAUUAAGGACGCUGUUUGUGUUGAGUGUUCGCUUUCCGAGUAUGUUGCCGCGUAGUCUACCCGCUUCGGUUUUGUGUUUUUCUCAACGUUGUUUACCGGUUAUAAUUCGACGUUUAAUGAUUUAAAUUCACCGGGAAAAAACGGCCCUGAAUUUGGUGAGACACUUUUAAACAUGCAUACAAGGCGUUUAGUGAAACGUUCGAUCCUCGGCAGCCGCGUUUAUGCGCCGAGUCCGACGGGGGACGGUGCCCCGGUGACAGGAGUGGUCCAGGCUGUCAAGCAGGAAAACAGAGACGUCUCGUCCGUAGGAACCCGGCGCAGCGUCUACACCGUGCUAAUGCAGGACGGGAGCCUCAAGGAGUUCUCCGAGGAGGAGAUAGCCGCGGGGUUCAACCACACUGCAGCCAAAGGACCGCUUAAGUCCAGCUUGAAGCAGAGCUCCAGUAACGGAGCUCCAGAGAGCCAUAAGGUGGAAGGCGGCCCCCUUAGCCCAGAGGCAGUGGAGGAACAGCGGGUGGCGGACGGCAAGCGGGUUGGCCGGGACCCCGACACCCGAUCAGUGUCUCUGCUAGAGCAGAAACGCAAAGUGGUCUCCUCCAGCAUCGAUGUUCCUCACGCCAGACGGUCAGAGGAGGAAGUGGACAUGGACAAGGUGACGGCUGCCAUGGUGCUGACAACUCUCUCCACCAGCCCCCUGGUCAGAAGUCCACCUGUUAAAGUCAACGAAGGUCUGAGUGGUUCGUGGAAGGACAACGGCUCAGCCGGCCCCUUCACCCCAUCCAGCAACAGCUCUUCAGGGGGCUACUGGAGCUGGUCUGCCCCCAGUGACCAGUCCAACCCUUCUACACCUUCUCCACCUCUCUCCGCCGACAGCUUCAAGCCCUUCCGUGUGUCCAGUCUGGGUGGUGUGGGAUCCGGCCCUGCAGGACCUGAAGACCCCAGCCUGGAUGAGCAGGACGGCAGCAGCCUGCUCUUCGAUGAGCCCAUCCCUCGCAAACGCAAGAACUCCAUGAAGGUGAUGUUCAAGUGCCUGUGGAAGAACUGUGGCAAGGUGCUGAGUACCGCUGCUGGCAUCCAGAGACACAUCCGCACCAUCCACCUGGGGCGUAACUGUGACUCGGACUGCAGUGAUGGCGAGGAGGACUUCUACUACACAGAGAUCAAGCUCAACACCGACUCGGUGGCCGACGGGCUGAGCAGCCUGUCCCCUGUGUCCCCGUCCGUCCUCUCUCCCCCUCCUCCUUCCGCCUCUCCUCUCCCGGCUCUCAGCCAGCUGUCCGACUCCCACAGACCUCCGCAGUACUCGGACACCAAGGAGCCUCACGCUGGCGGCACCACCCCGCUCAGCCGCUCUGCGCCCAGCGCGCUCUACCUCAUCCACACGGACCACGCCUACCAGGCCACGGCUCCAGUGUCCAUCCCGUCCAGCAGCAGUAACGCGACUGGCUCAGCCUCCACCAGCUUCACUCCCACCAACAGCUCCAGCUUCAGCAUCUCCUGGCAGUCACCGCCCGUCACUUUCACCGGGACCACAGUGUCCCCCAGUAAAAGCCAUGGCUUUGGCGAACAGCGCUCCCAGACCAUCGCCGUCCUCUCAUCCCCUCCCAGAGCCACCACUGCCCUCAGUCGGAAGGUGCGCGGUGAGGGCAAGAAGUGCCGUAAGGUGUACGGGAUGGAGAACCGCGACAUGUGGUGCACCGCCUGCCGCUGGAAAAAGGCCUGCCAGAGAUUCACCGACUGAACGCUCCCCACCAACCUCACAGCGCACCACCCCAACGGCCAGAGAAAGGGGCGAGGGGCAUCGUUUUGCAUGCAUUUGGUUUUCUUCAGCUCAAAAUCACAACUCUGCGUCAAACGCUGGCCUGACGUUGCCCCCCCCCCCCACCCCCCCAGCUUCACUGAACGCCAGCUGUGGAAGGAACCAAAGGACAGCGGAGUCACCUUUUACAUUGCCGUCCAGGAUUUCUAGUACUGCCUCGCCAUUCCCGGUUUUGGGAAACCCCAGGGCAGCUAAACAGUGUAAAGAAAAAUAGAUCUAAAGAUUUCUCCUGUUUUUUUUAUGUUGGGUUCAGUGUUGCAUCUUUCUAUGUUUUGUAAAGCUGUGGUUUCUAAAUGGGAGGUCUAGUCAAAGAAGGGGUCCGGGAAAAAAGGCCAAAAGCUUUUUUGUGUUUUGUCAAAAGAAAAAAAUAAUUCUUCACUUUUUUUAUCCAAAAGAAGAAUUGGCGUCUUUGCUCUAGUCUUUGAAGACUGUUAUGAAAAAGCAUGGAGGUAAAGCUCACCGUUUUUGUUGUUCCUACAACUUGUUCAUCUCUUUUGUUUUAUUUCUGGACUUUCUGAGGUGAUCUUUUAUCACAGACAUCACACCCUCUCUCCCAGCUCCUCACCCGUUCUUCACUCCUGACAACCCCGGGCGAAUGUACAGCAGAGCCGGGAAAGGCAGGUUGACAUGUAGAGAAAGUGAGGAAUAGAGACAACCAAGGUGAAUGAUUAAUGCAACAAAGAUACCAUUUUUCAGACAGGGAAAGCAGAUGGACCAUGCCAGUGAUUUACCACAUAAAAGGUACAGCACAGGUAUUCCCCCACAAUCAAAGCAGAAGACAGGAACUGUUUUCUAUGUCACUUUUUCAACCAGUUGGUUCCUUUUCUUUGUUUUAUCAGGGAUGUGAUUCUAAGGAAAUCAAAAACCAGCAGCUUGGGGUUAUACUAUAUACAGCACAGUCUCAAUAGCUUCUCUUUCAUUACACAUGACAACUUUGCAACCAAAAACUCCUUUAUCUUAUUCUUUAUGUUUUUGGUUUUUGUUACGGUGUUUACCAUGUUUACAGUUGUUGAUUUUUUUUUUUUUUUUUUUUCUUUUUCGUUUUGUGAAACCAAGACUGUUUACCGACCACCUGCUAAAGAAAGUGUGUUAAAAGACCUUCCUGACAGCACUGGAAGCAUGAAGUCAGCGGCGUGGGAGGCCUUAAAAAGAUAAACAUCUUUCACCACAUACAGAGAGACAGAUUGCCCUCCUCCUCGACCAACUCUGACACCUUCCCAAAGGGAACAAAAUAUCUUUGUGUUUACGUACGCCACAGAGGCGCAUCUUGAUGAACCAAAGGGGGAGGGCUGAAAACCAAAAGUGAGGAACUUGCACUGUAUGUGUGUGUAACGGAGCACUUGGUAUAUUUGUCAUUACUUCUAUUGAGUUGAAAACGUUUCUAUCUUCCACGAGCCCUCUUCAUUUCCUACUAAUAAAUACUUGUUAAAUACUUGUAACUUUAUAUUAUAAAAGGAAGUAAGAAAAAAAACAAAAAAACUUUUAACCACCCAGAUGUUGCUACUCCCCUUAUUGGAACCAAUAUUUGCUCCAUGAUUUUUUGGUGGAAUAAGUUAUAAGCACUUAAUUAGGUCACUCCUUUGUUGUUUAAUGUGCACUGCACACUUUAUUCACUUGGCAACAUGCAAGCAAAGCUUUGACUGAAGCUUUCAUAAAAGUCCUCGUGGUCGCCAUGUAACCUUGUAAUUGACGAGGUCAAAAGUGGGAUUGGUGAAAAAAUAUCUGAUUUGUCAUUUGAAUGUGUUCAAGCGUCCUUGUUGGCUCAAAGACAGGAAACAAACUCACAAGACCAAAUACUUUACAGAUGUUCACUCUGUAGUGAUAAAUGGCCCCAGCUCUUUUGUCCCCCGGGGCUGCGUUCUACUUUAUCACAAUGUGCUGAAAUUGAUAGAAAUAUCCUACACAUGUUUCUACCAACAGUCACGUUGUGAUUCUGUUCCUGCAUUUACUCUCUGCAUUAUAUAAAAUUUGCUUGAAUGCACGAUGAAAUUUUGGCAUUUCUGUCACACACACACACACAAUCAUUUUACCCCAGAAUUAUUCAAAACCAACACCAGCUAAUAAACUCACAUACUCGCCUGUUUAAUAUACAGUACAGUACUUCCGCAUCUAAAAAAAUUGUGUUUCUUCUUUUGUCUUUUUUUUUUUUUGUUAGUUCAUGUUUAUAUGUAGUUCUUGUAUUUUCUCUAAGCUCCAGGUUUAUGACCAGUUACCUCGGUCAUUACAUUUGCCACCUUAUGAACAGGACAGGUUCAAGUACAACAUUGCGUUAGGAAAUAAUGUACAGUUCAACCUGUCGGGCUACUAUUGUUUUGUAUACAGAGAUAGCCUUAAAGUCACCUUUUUUUUUUUUUUUAUUGCUUCUUCUAUGCCGUUACAAUGAUGUUACAGUAAGAAGUAUUUAGAUUAUCAACGAACUAAUUUGCCAUUGUAUGUGAACAUAUAAUUGUUUAAGAAAAGACAAAUCUAUAUAUACAUAAAGAAAAAACAUGUUGGAAUUUAAAUUCAAAGCAAAAAAAAGACUUUUCUCUUUUUUUUUCAUAUACAUAUAUAUGGAUAUAUAUGCUGUUGAUGAAUUUUAUUUUCAUGUUCUGCUGAAGGAAAUGUUGGUGGGUAAGUGCAGGAGGAAACCCACUCAUAAUUCCCACUGCAAGCCAAGCUUGUUAUGCUCUUUUCAGUGAGUGUGACCCGCACGCUCCCCCCUGGAGCUCCUUCACGUCACGCAGCCAGCGCUGCUAAGCAGUUGAAAUCCACAGUUGAUUAAAACCUAAAAAUGUUAUUUCCAAUUCUCCUUUCCCGGUGCCGCGCAGGCCCACUUGCAAUUAGUGCGUUUGACAUCCCGGUGUGAUUGCGCUCUGUAUGAAUGUGAAGGAGCCCCAGGCAAAGUAUGCGAGCGGCCACUGAAGCACGGUGCUCUAACCCCCCCCCCCCCAAACGCUGCUCCUCCCAAGCAGUUCCACUAUGUUAUCAAAUGCCCCGUGGCAUUUCCCUGUCAGGCUCCUGACAAACCAACACUUUGGGGUCCAAGGAUGUUUCUGUUGGUCCACACAUCAGUGGCUGGAUUUUUUUUUCUUUUUUUUUUUAACUCCAUGCACUUACAACUGCCAUUUCUCCAUCAUUGUGGUGCUUCAUGUUUGUGUUCGGACCAUCUCUUUCAUUGGUGUUUGGGGAAAUCUGGCCAAUCAUAUUCUGUCCAGGAACAAGUCCCUACUGUAGUUCAGAUCAUUCAGAUGUUCUGGCAAGACUGGAUAUUUUAAAUGGCGGCAUCUCCAGGCAGCUAAUUUCGGCGCUCUCUCUUGAUGCUGAUUCUAGGUCAGCGUUGGGUCGACCCAAUGGCAAGUAACAAGAUUUGGCCAAAAUAAGCUCACACCCUUGUUUAGGGUAAAUCCAAAUCCUCAAAAGGAUAUUUGCUGCCAUUCUCAAACCUGUCCAUCUCUUCAGUGAGGAACUCUGGGAUUUGUUUGUGGACUUUGGCCUGGCCUGCUAGUUGUACUGAGAUUAUCUCACUGCAGUUGGCACAAAGAUGGCGUUCGCAUUAAGGGGCUCUCAAAGGCACCCAGGUUGGUCUUUGCAUAAUGGAAAUACUGGUGCUGUGGCCUCAGCAGGGGAGAAAUUUUAAGGGGAAAAUAUUCUCAUGCAGUGCUGUUUCGCCUAUGUUGUCCUCAGAUCAUAUUAACUCCAUUUUGUACACAAUGUUAUGCUGUAGAACAUGAAAAUAAAAACACCCUGCCGCAAGCCUA